UAUUUUUUACUCUCAUUCGAUUAAAUAAAGGUUGCAAGAGACAGAAAAAAGCAGCUGUAAGCGUACCAAACGCAUAAUUACAAAGCAGACUGAAAAAAAUUGAAAAGUUUUUUCCAGGUUUUCAAAGUUGUUCUUGUUUUACGUGUCAUAAAUUAUGUGUGUCUCACAAACUUUUCAUUAUUUUUUGAAAUACUUUUAUUUAAAUUUUCCGCAUGAAAUAUUUAAAGUUUGAGAAUUAAACUAAUCAUUACUCAAGAUAUUAUCUAUUUUAAAUAUUUGAAUUAAAUUAAGAGCUAUGCUAACAUGAGAUUUUUUAGAGAAAGAAGUUUAGAAGAUUUAUGUCUAAAUACGGUAGUAACUUAUUUAGGUAAUUCCCAUUCACUCUCUGCAUUAGGAGAGAAAUACAAUACUUUCCUACGGAAACGUUACUCAGAUAGGAUUUAUAGUAUAUUGAAAAAGACUGGUUGUAUUAAUGAGGAUUUGAUUGAUUGGCUUAUUUCUCCUUAUUGGAACGAUAUAACAGUUGAGAAAACUCACUCUAUCCCGAAAUUAAUUCCUAAGUUUAUAUUUUAUGGAAAUAAAAUCACUUCUGUCAGCUUUGAAAAUUCUUCGACUUCAGUGAAAAUAUUGUCUGCAGUUGUGUGCCUUUUACCUCAUUUGAAAUCUUUGAACCUCAGUGGUACUAGUUGCACUGAUGAUUUGUUAAUACUUAUAAGGAAAAUGUGUCCUGAGCUAUCUUCUUUAAGUUUGUUUGAAUGCAAUGUCACUGAUGAUGGAAUGAAAAAUUUAUGUUAUGUCAAUCGAAAAAAGGUUGGCUUUGAUUCUUUAAAGGUGCUUAAUAUUGAAAAAACCAAAGUCAAAUCUAAUGGCAUCGCAUAUAUUUUAAGGAAUUUAAAACUUCAAGUUAUAAAAUAUCCUGAAAUUGCAACUAUUUUGUACUAUUUCCACCUUUCAAAAGUAAAUAAAUAUGUAGAUGUUUCAAAGAUAUAUGAAUUAAAAGAAUUAGAAUAUUCAUCAAAUAAAUUAUUGUCAACCAUUAGUUUUCUAAAGAUAUUGGAAGUAUGGGUAAAUAUGUGUCCCAAUGUGGAGAAGCUGGCAGUUGUUGAUUGGCUGUCUGAAUGCGAUUUUGAGUUGUGUCUAAGGUUUGAGAAUUUAAAUUUGCUGAAUUACCUAACUCAGGAAAUCCUGCUAAAGAGGGUCUUGCUUACUUUAUAGAAAACCAAGGAGUGAAACUAACAGAACUUGUCUUACAAAACGUUUCAGUUUCUGUUGAAGUUAUUGGAAGAGUGUGCCUUAAUUUGAAAAAAUUGACUUUGAAUAAUAUUAAAUACCAAGACAUUGAUGAUACCGUUUUGAGUGACAAGGUACACCACUUGAAUUCUUUGGCUAAGUUGUCCGUCAAAAACUCAUGCUUGUACGAAAGAUCUACAAAUAAGUCAAUCAAUUUAUUACUAAGCAUAUCUAAAAAUAUUGAAUCAGUUUCCUUUCAUUGUGUAAGAAAUCUCUCUGAGGUGUUGAUAGAUAAUAUAAUCAACAUGCAGCAUUUAGUUAAAGCUAAAUUUGUUUUCACCGACAUUAAAGAUGCUGCUGCUAUGAAACUGUUUACUUGCAAAAAUAUCCAGAAACUGUAUUUAGAUGGUUGUCCAUAUGUAUGUGUUGAAAAAUGUGCUAAUGUUUUUUGUUCACAUGUUAAAAGCAAUGUUGGGAAUACAUUUUCUUGGCAAAUAGAAUAUGAUGAAAGAAUUACUUGAAGAAAAAGUUCUAUUUAUUUUUGAUAUUUUGUGUUGAGGAGGCCUACGUGUAUGUGUACGCUGCUUUUGCAAAAAUGUAAAAUUGUGUUCAUAUGGGAUAAGGACGUAAACAAAAUUGUGGCAGAUUAAUAUAUAUUGUUUGAAAAACAAAAGGUUUCAUCAGCUUUAAUGAAAAAUACUUAUAUUAACUUUAGUUUAAGUCAAUGGGAAUUUUCUUAUCUUAUUCUAAAAAUAAAAAAAAUCUUAGAAUAUAUUAACUGUUAUUAUUUGAAAAGACCUUAUUUUACUUGAACGAGUUACAACGAAACCUCCAGAAAAGACUUCUUUUUACGACACUUUCCGGAGACACAGAAUUUUUUCCAUAGACUUUGUGUUGAAGAAAACCUUUAGGAGAGACCAUAAAAACCUCUCCAAGCGACCGGGCAAAACUCUGUGCCAAAUGCGUAAAAGAUCAAAUAAGGAAAUACGAAAAAAUAUCAAAACGAAAAAUAUUAACAAAACAAAUAAGUAAAAUAAAAUAUAUUCAAAAUAUUUGUGCAAGGCUCUUACUUAGAGAGCUCUUUUUGAUGAUCUCUGAAAGAGAUCUACAAUCUCAUGUUGUAGUCGGAGUGCACUAAAGAUGAUGCUAUUAAAAUAAGUUGAAAGUUAAAUUUGAAAAAAGUUGUUUGAGAAAUAACUAAGCAGAAUGAUUCUUAGAUUUUUAUUAAGCAGAAAUAUGUUUAGUUGCUUUUUUACUGUAACAAAAGAAAGCAUCGAUAUGCAAAGCCUCAUUGAUUUGAUUGGUCUUUUUUGGAUAAAACUAAACUGCUGUAAAAGUUUAAUGAGUUCAUAACCUUAGACAAAGUGUAAAAUUAAAAUAUUUUAAAUAUUAAUGUGUGGGGCCGAUAAAGUUUGGAGGUAAUUGACCCUUCUGCCCAUGCUAUAAUCGGACUAUGGGGUUACGAUGCGAGUCUGCCCUGAAUGUUUAAAUUGAUAUUUAUUCAAGUGAUUUUUUAUUUAUUUUGAGAGUAAGAUAUAUAAACUGAGUUAUGAGUAUUAUGCUUAUAAGUAAUCCUGGGCCAUCUGUAAUUGUUAUCAUUCAAGCCUGUGAUUGCUUUGUUAGAAAACUUGUUUUUAACAAUAUUUUUUUUUCUUAAUUGAAUGACAUAUUUCAUUCAAAUUUUUAUAACUUGAUUUUUCAUAUUUUUAUGUCAUCAAGUUUUAAUGUAUUUUUUACUUAUCAAAUGAAUUGGAAUAUUUGCUGUUAAACUUAUUUUUAUCAAAUUUGUUGCAAACAUAUGUUGCUAAAUUUUUGUUCCUAUACAGACAGUACAGAGUUAGAUCAGAAUGACAGACUUAGACAUGCUAUCUGUCAUAAGCAAAGGGUUAAAUAUGCUGUAAUGAAUUUAAAUAGAUAAAAUGCUUAUUUCAUGAAUUUAGGGAUUUUUUUAAAAAUAUUUGUAGUUUUUAUAUUUUUUUUGAAAGUAUUUAUUUGGGGAAACUAAAUAGGAAACAUUCAGAAGUUUUUUGAAUUAUCAAAGCUUCACUGUAUUUAUUAUUAAAUAAACGAACUAGAAUGUUUUUUUUUUUUCAAUUAAAAACGUCACUGGAAUAAAAAAAAAUAUAUGAAGAUGAUAAUAAAAGUCAAUAUGUUUCAAGCGCUAAAAAAAAAGUCCAACUCUCAACAAUUUCCAGGUGUGAAUCAAUUUUCAGAACCACAAAUGAUUACUUUUGAUUUCUGUCGUUGACCAUUUUCACACUUUUUUAAGCCAGUGAAGUUUUUAAUGUAUUUUCACUUCAGUUUUUUGGAAUUAUUUAUUUAGAAUGUUGUUAAGAAUGUUCAUGGACGUAGCGUGAGGAGGGACGAACUGUUUGUUCUUAGAAAAAUACUUGUUUUAUUUAAAUUUUACACAUACAUUUAUAUAUAACUAUAUUAUAUAUAAAAAUAAUAAAUACGUACAUAUACAUAAAACCCAAAUAGUUUUCUAAAAGCAAAAUGUGUGCCCCCUCUCAUGCUAUGCCUAAGUUGAACUUGUUUCUGUUAAAUAUGUGCUAACUUGCGACACAUAUUAUGAACACAGUGUUGUUUAAUAUACUGUUAAGUUGAAAUUAAUAAAAUGUUUUUUCUUGAAUUUAUUAUUCUACUUUUUAAAAUUUAUUAAGUAAACUUAAAUAGGAAACCAACCUUUUUUUUAAUAAAUAUUUUAGAAAAAAUACAUGUACUGUGAACACAGUGUUGUUUAAUAUACUGUUAAGUUGAAAUUAAUAAAAUAUUUUUUCUGGAA